AUGGAGCGUCUGGCACCCCGCGCCUGCCUCGCCCUGCUGUGGGGCUGCCUGCUGGCCGCGGCUGCCGCGGCGCAGGGCAAGGAAGUCGUCCUGUUGGACUUUGCUGCAGCUAAAGGGGAACUCGGCUGGCUCACUCACCCAUAUGGCAAAGGGUGGGACCUCAUGCAGAACAUCAUGGACGACAUGCCCAUCUACAUGUACUCCGUGUGCAACGUGGUGGCUGGCGACCAGGACAACUGGCUCCGCACCAACUGGGUAUACCGCGGUGAGGCCGAGCGCAUCUUCAUCGAGCUCAAGUUCACCGUGCGUGACUGCAAUAGCUUCCCUGGGGGCGCCAGCUCCUGCAAGGAAACCUUCAACCUCUACUACGCCGAGUCUGACGUGGACUAUGGCACCAACUUCCAGAAGCGCCAGUUCACCAAGAUCGACACUAUCGCGCCCGACGAGAUCACAGUCAGCAGCGACUUCGAAGCACGCCACGUGAAGCUGAACGUGGAGGAACGCUCCGUGGGGCCGCUCAGCCGCAAGGGCUUCUACCUGGCCUUUCAGGACAUCGGUGCCUGCGUGGCACUGCUCUCUGUCCGCGUCUACUACAAGAAGUGUCCCGAGCUGCUGCAGGGGCUGGCCCACUUCCCCGAGACCAUCGCGGGCUCCGACGCGCCCUCCCUGGCCACCGUGGCUGGCACCUGCCUGGACCACGCUGUGGUACCACCCGGGGGUGAAGAGCCCCGCAUGCACUGUGCCGUGGACGGCGAGUGGCUGGUGCCCAUCGGCCAGUGCCUGUGCGAAGCAGGCUACGAGAAGGUGGAGGACGCCUGCCAGGCCUGCUCGCCGGGAUUCUUCAAGUCCGAGGCAUCCGAGAGCCCCUGUCUGGAGUGCCCCCCACACACCCUGCCAUCCUCCGAGGGGGCCACCGCCUGUGAGUGUGAGGAAGGCUAUUUCCGGGCCCCGCAGGACCCACUGUCACUGCCCUGCACGCGCCCGCCCUCUGCCCCAAGCUACCUCACGGCUGUGGGCAUGGGCGCCAAAGUGGAGCUGCGCUGGACGCCCCCCCAGGACAACGGGGGCCGCGAGGACAUCACCUACAGUGUCACGUGUGAGCAGUGCUGGCCCGAGUCAGGCGAGUGUGGUCCCUGCGAGGCCAGCGUGCGCUACUCGGAGCCGCCGCACGGGCUGACCCACACCAGCGUGACAGUCAGCGACCUGGAGCCCCAUAUGAACUACACCUUCACCGUCGAGGCCCGCAACGGCGUCUCGGGCCUGGUGACCAGCCGCAGCUUCCUCACUGCCAGCGUCAGCAUCAACCAGACAGAGCCCCCCAAGGUGAAGCUGGAGGACCGCAGCACCACCUCGCUGAGCGUCUCUUGGAGCAUCCCUCCACCGCAGCAGAGCCGCGUGUGGAAGUACGAGGUCACCUACCGCAAGAAGGGGGACUCCAACAGCUACAACGUGCGCCGCACUGAAGGCUUCUCCGUGACCCUGGAUGACCUGGCUCCGGACACAAUCUACCUGGUCCAGGUGCAGGCGCUGACGCAGGAGGGCCAGGGUGCUGGCAGCAAGGUGCACGAGUUCCAGACACUGUCCACGGAAGGAUCUAGCAACAUGGCAGUGAUUGGUGGUUUGGCCAUUGGUGUGGUCUUGCUUCUGGUGCUGGCAGGAAUUGGCUUUUUCAUCCACCGCAGGAGGAGGAGCCUGCGGACGCGCCAGUCCUCGGAAGACGUUUACUUUUCCAAGUCAGAACAACUGAAGCCCCUGAAGACAUACGUGGACCCACACACAUACGAGGACCCCAACCAGGCUGUGCUCAAGUUCACCACUGAGAUCCAUCCGUCCUGUGUCACACGGCAGAAGGUGAUCGGAGCAGGAGAGUUUGGGGAGGUGUACAAGGGCACGCUGAAGGUGUCGGGCAAGAAGGAGGUACCCGUGGCCAUCAAGACGCUGAAAGCCGGCUACACAGAGAAGCAGCGGGUGGACUUUCUCAGCGAGGCCAGCAUCAUGGGCCAGUUCAGCCACCACAACAUCAUCCGCCUGGAGGGCGUUGUCUCCAAGUACAAGCCCAUGAUGAUCAUCGCCGAAUACAUGGAGAACGGGGCUCUGGACAAGUUCCUCCGGGAGAAGGAUGGCGAGUUCAGCGUGCUGCAGCUGGUGGGCAUGCUGCGGGGCAUCGCGGCCGGCAUGAAGUACCUGGCCGGCAUGAACUACGUCCACCGCGACCUGGCUGCCCGCAACAUCCUCGUCAACAGCAACCUGGUCUGCAAGGUGUCUGACUUCGGCCUGUCCCGUGUGCUGGAGGACGACCCCGAGGCCACCUACACCACCAGUGGUGGCAAGAUCCCGAUCCGCUGGACGGCUCCGGAGGCCAUCUCCCACCGCAAGUUCACCUCCGCCAGCGACGUGUGGAGCUACGGCAUCGUCAUGUGGGAAGUGAUGACGUAUGGCGAGCGGCCCUACUGGGAGCUGUCGAACCACGAGGUGAUGAAGGCCAUUAAUGAUGGCUUCCGGCUUCCCACACCCAUGGACUGCCCCUCCGCCAUCUACCAGCUCAUGAUGCAGUGCUGGCAGCAGGAGCGCGCCCGCCGCCCCAAGUUCGCCGACAUUGUCAGCAUCCUGGACAAGCUCAUCCGAGCCCCCGAAUCCCUCAAGACCCUGGCUGACUUUGACCCCCGGGUGUCCAUCCGGCUGCCCAGCACCAGCGGCUCAGAGGGUGUGCCCUUCCGCACGGUGUCCGAGUGGCUGGAAUCCAUCAAGAUGCAGCAGUACACUGAGUACUUCCUGGCGGCCGGCUACACGGCCAUCGAGAAGGUGGUGCAGAUGACCAACGACGACAUCAAGAGGAUCGGGGUGCGGCUGCCCGGCCACCAGAAGCGCAUUGCCUACAGCCUGCUGGGCCUCAAGGACCAGGUGAACACAGUGGGGAUCCCCAUCUGA